ACUCCUGAAGACGGCAUUUAUGGCUGGCUUUUCACCAGAGAAGCCAUCUACCCCUACCUGGAGGAUAUUCCUGAUCCAGAGGUGAACUGGAUUCCCUGCACUGAUCCCAAAAGAUUUGCUCCUGCUCCAGUGCAGGAACGACUCAGCUGCAUGGCCAGGAAUAACUCUAUCUAUGUGGUUGCAAACAUUGGGGACAAGAAGUCAUGUAAUUCUAGUGAUCCUAGCUGCCCCAGAGACGGUCGCUACCAGUUCAACACUGAUGUUGUCUUUGACUCAGAAGGAAAACUAGUGGCUCGUUACCACAAGUAUAACCUCUUUAGAGGAGAAACUCAGUUUAAUUUCCCUAAAGAGCCAGAGACCGUCACUUUUGAGACACCCUUUGGGAAGUUUGGCAUCUUCACUUGUUUCGACAUACUUUUCCGUGAGCCUGCGGUGGUCCUGGUGAGCGAGUUACAGGUGGACACUGUGCUGUUUCCAACUGCUUGGAUGAAUGUCUUGCCAUUUUUGACUGCUGUUGAAUUUCACUCUGCCUGGGCUAUGGGUAUGGGUGUCAAUUUACUUUCAGCAAAUACACACAACACUGGCUUGGCAAUGACAGGGAGUGGGAUAUUUACACCAGAUGGCCCUGUUGCAUAUCAUUAUGAUCCAGAAACUGAGGAGGGUCAUCUCCUGAUAGCAGAGCUGAGAUCACGCCCCCGUCUUUCUCCUACCUACCCUCUUGCUGUCAACUGGAGCUCAUAUGCCACAAGCAUCAAAAAAUUUCCAGAGGGAAAAAACACUUUUACAGGAGCUGUUCGUCGUGAUAUAUUCACUUUCAGUGAACUCACACACAAAGCAGGGAAUUAUACUGUUUGCCAGAGAGACCUCUGCUGUCAUUUGAUCUAUAGGAUGUCAGACAAGAACAAAGAUGAAAUUUAUGUACUGGGUGCAUUUGAUGGUCUUCAUGGUUCUGUCAUAAAAUAUCAUUGGCAGAUAUGCACGCUGCUGAAGUGUAAAAGCACAGACCUGAAAAGCUGUGGGCAGCCCGUGGAGACUGCUCAGACCAAGUUUGACACGUUCUCCCUGAGCGGCACAUUUGGCACUCACUACGUCUUUCCAGAAGUCCUGUACAGCGGGGUUCAGCUGGCCCCUGGGGAAUUUGAGGUGCUGCAUGAUGGACGAUUGAAAAGUAAGCAUAGCUCAUCGAAACCACUCUUAACAGUGACCCUUUUUGGAAGGAAUUAUGAAAAGGACCCACCGCAUCCACUGCGAACCUCCCCAUAAUGUAACUCCUUAAUCUUUAAACAGUCAGCAUACAUAGGAUAAGAAUUUCCUACCGUUAACCAUCCUGCCAUGAGCUGUGGCAGUUACCCUGUGUCAUUCCUGUUCUGCAACGUUACACUUGUGCUUAGCAGCCACGGUAGUUGAGUUUUCUUAGGAGAAAGCAAUGUGAUUGCUAUCUGUUGUGUACACGUAACCAUGGUACACAUUUUUUAACAGUGCUUGAGCCAGUGUAGUUAUUUUUUAACAGUGUAGAGAUGCUUUGUCAUGUGAAAUCUUUAAUAUGAAAUAAAUUUUGUUUUUCAAAGAUAUACUGUCGAUCCCUGAGGUAAAACAGGUCAUAAGACUGACACUGAAAUGUGGAGUUUUCCAAUUUGCUGCAAUGAAAAUCUUCUCUGAAGGAUCCUUUCUGUCCCUUAUGCUCCUGCCUGAUAGGUUUACAGGCUGUAUAAACACUUAGGGUCUGUGUUCCUCAGACCUACACAGCAAUUGGUAGGGCCUUCGUAAUACUCUAUGGGCCUUGGCCCCAUUCUGACUGAGGGACUGUACCCUGAAAAGAAAAACUUAUUUGAAAUGGUUUUAAGUGAAACCAUUUAGGUGAGAGAGAAAGUGGUUCUCCUUGACCCACACAGGGUUUGAGUCCAGCUGAGCUCUAUAGAAAGCAAUGUCAGUUCUGGAGUCACUCUGAGCAUACAUCAAUAUAUGAAUGGUGUAUGCAUGCUAGGUUCAAUGUAUUUCAGGUCCAACUUACUUAAUGUUAAUGUAAAAACAUUAUAAACUUACUGUGUAAACAUUAUUAAAUGUAUAAACCUGCACAUGC